AUGUAUAGGACUUGGGACCGGAGAGAUAGAGAACUGGGGAGAUUUCACAGGAACCGCUGGAAAAUGCUGUCGAGUGGGGUCUGUACAUCAACUGUUCAGCUUCCUGGGAAGGUAGUUGUGGUCACUGGAGCUAACACAGGCAUCGGGAAGGAGACAGCCAAAGAACUGGCUCAAAGAGGAGCCCGCGUAUAUUUAGCUUGCCGGGAUGUGCAAAAGGGGGAAUUGGUGGCCCGAGAGAUCCAGACCGUGACAGGCAACGAGCAGGUGUUGGUGAGGAAACUGGACCUGGCUGAUACUAAGUCAAUUCGAGCCUUUGCUAAGGGCUUCUUAGAAGAGGAAAAACACCUCCACAUCUUGAUCAACAAUGCGGGUGUGAUGAUGUGUCCCUACUCUAAGACAGCAGAUGGCUUUGAGAUGCACAUGGGAGUCAACCACUUGGGUCACUUCCUCCUGACCCAUCUGCUGCUAGAGAAACUAAAGGAAUCAGCCCCAUCAAGGGUGAUAAACGUGUCUUCCUUAGCACAUCUCCUGGGAAGGAUCCACUUCCAUAACCUACAGAGUGAGAAAUUCUACAAUGCAGGUCUGGCCUAUUGUCACAGCAAGUUAGCCAACAUUCUCUUCACCCAGGAACUGGCCCGGAGGCUAAAAGGCUCUGGCGUUACAACGUACUCUGUACACCCUGGCACAGUCCACUCUGAAUUGACUCGGCACUCAUCUUUUAUGAGAUGGAUAUGGCGGCUUUUUUCCUUCUUCAUCAAGACUCCUCAACAGGGAGCCCAGACCAGCCUAUACUGUGCCUUAACAGAAGGUCUUGAGCUUCUAAGUGGGACUCAUUUCAGUGACUGCCAUGUGGCAUGGGUCUCUGCCCAGGCUCGUAAUGAGACAAUAGCAAGGCGGCUGUGGGAUGUCAGCUGUGACCUGCUGGGCCUCCCAAUGGAUUGACAGUUGGUAGCAACUGGACCCAAAAUUAGAUUGCAGCAGACUUCGGAGUAUUUCUUGCCAAAAUGAUUCUCCUUCGAGGUGGCCAAAACAUUGAGCACAAAGAGAGCGAAACCUUCCGGCCUUGCCUGCUUUUGUCCAGAUAAACCCAGUA